CCUCACAUCACACCCCCCCCCCCCCCUUUCCUCACGCGAGCUCCCCCUCCACCACCGCCGCCGCCGCCGCGGCUGCCACUCUCGGUUCCUCUUCCUCCCCACCGAGCUCCACCCCCCACGAAUCUUAGCCUCCCACUCCUCUUCACGCCGCGCCGCUAAGAGCGAUCGAGCCGGGGGUUUCCGUCAGAGACGCCGCGAAAAUCGCCCCAGAUCGGUGGAUGGGCGAUCUGUGAGCCGCGGCAGGGGGAGAGAGAGAGAGAGAGAGGAAGCUGAAGCCAUGAUGGUGAGUUCUAGGUUUGUGGCCGUGCUUCUUCUGGUGGCGCUGGCGCCGGCGGCGCGGGGGCAGGGAGGAGGAGGGGGCAACUCGAGCGCCCCGGCGGCGUCGCCGCCGGGGCCGUUCGUGCCGCGGGACAACAUCCUGCUCGACUGCGGCGCGACGGGGCAGGCCAACGACACGGACGGGCGGCUCUGGACCGGGGACACGGGCUCCAAGUACCUGCCGGCGAACCUCGCCGCCGCGGCCGCCACCGCGCAGGACCCUUCUGUGCCGCAGGUGCCGUACCUCACCGCGCGCUUCUCCGCGGCGCCCUUCACCUACUCGUUCCCGGUCGGCGCCGGGCGCAAGUUCCUCAGGCUCCACUUCUACCCGGCGAACUACUCCAACCGCAACGCCGCCGACGCGCUCUUCUCCGUCUCCAUCCCCGACCCCAACAUCACGCUUCUCUCCAACUUCAGCGCCUACCAGACCGCCCUCGCCCUCAACUUCGACUACCUCGUCCGCGAAUUCUCCGUCAAUGUCACUGCCUCAACCCUCGACCUCACUUUCACACCGGAGAAGGGCCACCCAAACGCCUUCGCCUUCGUCAACGGCAUCGAGGUCGUCUCCUCCCCCGACCUCUUUGGCAGCUCCAACCCGAUGGAGGUCACCGGCGACGGCAGCGGCACGCCUUUCCCGAUCGACGCCGGUACUGCUAUGCAGACCAUGUACCGGCUCAACGUCGGCGGCAACGCGAUCUCCCCCUCCAAGGACACGGGCGGGUAUCGGUCAUGGGAAGAUGACACGCCAUACAUACCCUUUGCGUCAUUCGGGGUGAGCUACGCGAAUGACACCAAUGUUCCCAUAAAUUACCCUGACAGUAUUCCGCAGUAUGUGGCGCCGGCAGAUGUCUACUCUACGGCGCGGUCGAUGGGGCCUGACAACAAUGUGAAUUUGCAAUACAAUCUCACCUGGGCAAUGCAGGUGGAUGCUGGUUAUCAGUAUCUCGUGAGGCUCCAUUUCUGUGAAAUACAGUCUGGGAUCAGUAAGAUCAAUCAACGGACAUUUGACAUCUACAUCAACAACCAGACUGCUUUUAGUGGCGCUGAUGUGAUUGCGUGGUCUACUGGGCUUGGCAUUCCAGUGUACAAGGAUUUUGUGGUGUUCCCCAUGGGUUCAGGGCCUAUGGAUUUGUGGGUGGAUCUACAUCCAAAUGUCAAAAACAAGCCACAGUACUAUAAUGCUAUCCUCAAUGGGAUGGAGGUUUUUAAGUUGCAGCUUACUAAUGGGAGCCUUGCUGGGCUCAACCCUGUCCCUAGUAUUGUACCAACAGCGUCGGGUGGAAAUUCUGGGAAGAAGUCAAGUGUUGGUCCAAUUAUUGGAGGAGUGAUUGGAGGUCUGGUAGUUCUUGCACUUGGAUGUUGCUGCUUCUUUGUGAUCUGCAAGCGUCGGCAGAGAGCAGGUAAGGAUUCAGGAAUGAGUGAUGGGCAUUCUGGUUGGUUGCCGCUCUCACUUUAUGGCAACUCACACACUUCCAGCUCAGCCAAGUCACACACUACUGGGAGCCAUGCUUCGUCUUUGCCAUCCAACCUGUGCCGCCAUUUCUCAUUUGUGGAGAUCAAGGCUGCGACAAACAACUUUGAUGAGUCCCUCCUCCUUGGCGUGGGUGGUUUUGGUAAAGUUUACCGUGGAGAGAUUGACGGAGGAGCAACCAAGGUGGCUAUCAAGCGUGGAAACCCAUUGUCUGAGCAGGGUGUGCAUGAGUUCCAAACAGAGAUCGAGAUGUUGUCGAAGCUCCGCCACCGACAUCUUGUGUCGCUUAUUGGUUACUGCGAGGAGAAGAAUGAGAUGAUCCUGGUCUAUGACUAUAUGGCUCACGGAACUCUUCGUGAGCACCUGUACAAGACCCAAAAUGCACCACUUUCUUGGAGGCAGCGCUUGGAUAUCUGCAUUGGUGCAGCUCGUGGGCUUCACUACCUACACACUGGUGCAAAGCACACCAUCAUCCACCGUGAUGUGAAGACGACAAACAUCCUCCUCGAUGAGAAGUGGGUAGCCAAGGUUUCAGAUUUUGGUUUGUCCAAGACUGGUCCAACAAUGGAUCAUACGCAUGUGAGCACAGUUGUCAAGGGCAGUUUUGGUUAUCUUGAUCCUGAGUACUUCCGCAGGCAGCAGCUUACUGACAAAUCUGAUGUCUAUUCUUUUGGUGUUGUACUGUUUGAGGUCCUAUGUGCUCGGCCUGCCUUGAAUCCCACUCUUGCAAAGGAAGAAGUUAGCUUGGCUGAGUGGGCAUUACACUGCCAGAAGAAGGGUAUUCUUGAUCAGAUUGUUGAUCCCCACCUGAAGGGAAAGAUUGCUCCACAAUGUUUCAAGAAGUUUGCAGAAACAGCUGAGAAGUGUGUUUCUGAUCAGGGCAUUGACCGUCCUUCGAUGGGAGAUGUGCUGUGGAACUUGGAAUUUGCCCUUCAAAUGCAGGAAAGUGCAGAGGAGAGCGGAAGCCUUGGAUGUGGGAUGUCAGACGACAGCACUCCCCUUGUGAUAGUUGGAAAGAAGGAUCCCAAUGAUCCAUCUAUCGAGUCAAGCACCACGACAACGACAACUACCUCGAUAAGCAUGGGUGAGCAGAGUGUUGCAAGUAUUGACUCGGAUGGGCUGACGCCUAGUGCUGUCUUCUCGCAGAUCAUGAACCCCAAGGGACGGUGAGGUAACAAUGUCUCGGUUUGUUACCCUGCAGGCAUAAUCUAUUCAUUCAGCAUAUGUUCAUGAGUUUGCCCUUAUGUUCUCUUGAAUUAUGGAUCGGAAGUCAGAUAAUUGUUUCAAAUUAGAUGGUUCUGUCUUUCCCUGUGUUUUCUCCCUGAUGUAGUGCCUAUAAGCUUAUCGGCAUGUAUUGUAAUAUACCAUACCACUGCUAUUGACCCAACGAAUGAUACUGUAUGAGAGAGUGAUACGCAUGAUCCACACUCCCUUUUUUGUUAUCUUAAUCAUGUGUUCGGUCGGAGCCCCAACACAACAGCUGCUGAGCUGCACUUAUUGUCUUGUAUAAUAUUGUUCAUCAUACUCGAUUGUUGGCAGAGCUAGGUUGAGUCCAUUUUGGCAAAAUCGCUGUGUGCAAAGAUGUUAGCAUGUGGCAUUGAAUUAGAGGUGUUGGGUCGAUGAUUCUAGAAAGCUUUUAUGCUGCUAUAUUUUGACCAUGCUAGAUGCCGAUUGUUGCAUCUGUCGUGCUCAUGCACAUACACCAACGAACCUUGUUUUCCUUGUCUUCUUGUCUUACAAUUGUGUAUCUAUAAUAUAGGUGUUGAACUGUUGUACUGUACUA